AUGGGUACAGGCUUUGUGCCUUACAACAGCUGCCAGGGCACCCCCAGCGAGGACAACAUGUUCCAGUGUCUGAAGUCCUUCCAGGAGAGCACACGCAGAUACAAGGAGCGGCUGGAGGAGCUACGCCACACCGUGGCCACCACCCCAAAGCUGAAGCCCAUCUGCUCCCAGCAGACGGUCCUGCAGGCGCUGCACCAGUACUACCGGAAGUACCACCCCAGGAUUCUGGAAUGCAAAGACAUAAGGAAGCCCCUGGAGGAGCCUCCGAUCCCUGGCUGGGCGGGCUUCCUGCCCAGAGCCAAGGUCACUGAACUUGGCUGUGCCAUGCGCUACACCGUCAUGGCCCAAAACUGCUAUCAGGACUUCCUGGAGAUAGUGGAGCGGGCUAAGAGGGCCCGGGAGAAACCCUAUGAAGAAAUCUAUGGAGUUAGCUCCACACAGCUGCCUCUUGCUCCCCAACGGAACAUUUUGCAGCAUGAUGGACUGCUACCAAAAUACCCGGAUUUUUCUGUUCCAAGUACGAGCUGCCCUGCCCUUGCGAGACCCCUGAGAGCAGACCCCGUGCCUUCGGCGGGGUGUAGCUGCAGCCAGAAGGUGAAUUUUCCAGGCAGUGGGAAGAUUUACCUAGAGCCACUGCCCUCAGCCAAGUUUGCAGAAAGCCAGAAGCUGUGAGACACCAGAGCACAGCCCACCUGCCUCAGCGCUGGCUCUGAAGCUCUCCAUUCUCCAGGAGGAUCAGCCCCUCUCCACCCCAGCGGGCAAUAGGGAGAUGAAGUAACCCAGCAGUCCUUUUGACUGCCCCCAGCACCCGGAGUGCUUGCCAGCAGAUGACAUCCACGAUACAGCCUACAGAGAGAAAGGCUCCUUAUGUAAAUGUAGACCUUUUAUUGUAGUGUGAAUAAAAAGGAGACUCUUCAGCAUG